AGUUCAGCUUGCUACACAGGAGGCAGAAAGGAUUGCGAGAGAAAAGGCGGCUGCACAGAGUGCUGUGGUGAGAGAAAACUGCACUUUUAUAUUUGGGGUCCUAUCCCUCAUAUUUUACUAUAAUUCUAUCAUUGAGAUGGUUAUUUUAUGUUAUGCCAGGAUCUCCAUCAUGCUUUAUUUUAUUUUAAAGCAAGGAAACAAAAUGAUGAGUUAAAGUGAAGUUAUUGUUGAUGUACUUUAAAACAUCAGGGACCGCGGAGGGGGAGGGGCUAGCCCUACCACUUUUAUUGCUGGGAUUUAUUUCAUAGGACUCCAGUUGACAUGGAAAAAAUUUCCGUGGAAUUAUUGGACUUUGCCCUAUGGAAGAGUGGGAUGUUUGCUUGUCAGAACGAUGACAACCCGAUGUGCGCGCAAGGAUAAUAAGAUGGAAGCCCCAAAUGGAGUGAUUUGACUUUUUCUCUGCUUUGCAUCUUGGAGAGCACCUUUAUUGCCACACCGAUAAUCUAUCUAAGGAUCUUCAGGGUACUAAGAUGGCUGCUGUCAGUGGACAACGCUUGGCAAAUCUAACAAAGGGGACACUCACAAAAACUCGCAUUGAUCAAAGCUUCGACCAUUUCUAUGCUAAUGUUGCCGGCAAGAGUGAAGGCCUGCUUGGCGAACCAACGCUUCCAAGAAAACGACACACUCUGGCCGGACUGAAGGUUGGUGCUGGUGCACCAAGCUAUCCCCAAACUGCUAAAGAUCACUUUGUACGGGCCUAUUAUGAGGCUAUUGAUCUUAUCGUCAGGGCUAUCUAUCAGAAAGUUAAUCAGGAAAGCUUCAGCUCUUAAGCCCAGAUGGAGACCCUCUUGCUUAAAGCUGCUAUAGCUAAUGGUGACGACUAUGAGGCAGAGUUCAGUUUCUUGAAACAUAAUACAGAGAAGAUGUUGCGAUACAGGGGCGCUACCUAGGCAACUAAGUACUAUGGAAGAAGGAGAAGAUAUCAUGUUUUGACGAAAUCCUGUUGGCGGUUCUAAAGUUUCCAGAACCAGAAAGGAAGCUAAUUCAGGAAGACAGUUAAACUUUCUGUAAGCUGCUUGCUGUAAAUCCUAUUACCAGCGCUGCUGGCGAGGGUUCAUUCUCAUCCGUACGUACGGCGUCUGAAGACGUGGGGUUGAUCCAGGAUGGGUGAUGAGAGGUUUAGCAACCUAGUAGUAACGUUGAAUGGUUACAAGCUGAGAACAGACAGUGUCUCUAUAGCUGACGUCGGCACUGCUGACAACUUCAAAGUAGCUAUUUUAGGAAGGUUUAUUCAACAUAUUGGCUAUACUGGAUACUAUAACACGUGACGACGUUUAUGUUAUAUUUGUUGAGGCUGUAAAUAAGAUGGCGCGCAAAUGCUAGACUGCGAGUAGUCUCUCUUUUUCUUCAGACUUCAAGGGGAAGUGCACCCGCCUGUGAGCGUGUCUCGGGCGUUUUGCUCGAUGGACCAAGAGAAAAUUAAAGGGAGACUGCUCGUAGUCUACACAAAUUCAAGAUAAAUGGCGAAACACUGAACUUAAUGUUUCUUUGUAUUGGCAAGAUUUUUUAGCCCUACCACUUUAAAAUGGUCUCCACGGUCCCUGAUCAUGGCAUUUUAAUUCCCCUUUUACUUUGUGAAGUGUAUCAUCCAUAAUUCAAACGGAUGUAGUGCUUGCCUGAAGUUGAACCUACCGGCCAUACGUAUAACAAUAAUUGUGCAGUUAUUUUGAGGCAGUGCUUCGACAAAUCAAUACAGUUCUGUUCAUGAUACCUAUUUUUUUUCCAAAAAAAAUAACCCUGCAUUCAUCUUACUUGCAUUGUUUUGCAUUAGUUACAACAGCAACAGCAGCAGCAGCAACAACAAUGUCAACAGCAACACCAAAAUCCACAAGUAGCUGCACAAUCUCAACUUCAACAACCACAGGGAGCCCAAGUUUCCCAACAACCACCUGCAGCCAAGCAAAUGCCAACCACUACUCCACAGCUCCCUGCUCAAAAACUUACAGCCACCAGUCAACUGAACUCAACAUCUGC